UCAUUGCAGUCCAAAAAUGGAUACUUUCAUGCUGGAGAUAAGCAGUUGAGGGUGUUGUACGAGCGAUUGAGACCGGGCAAUUAUAUCAGACGUUACUGAUAAGAAGCACCGCGUGGUCAUACGAUAGCUCAGACAACAGUCGUCCGCGAUAGCUAUGUGUGGCGGACAUUUUUAGUGACUCUCCAAACACAAUUUGUUUCCGACAAGACCGCAUCUGAGCGACAACCGUGUGUUAAUUUUUUUCGUGUAAAAGAAGGAUGAUGACGGAGAAGAAAUUGAAGUGACCUUGGAUUGUCAGAAGUUCAGAACGCUACUUGUCGAAAAAUUCACGCAUUAAUCAUUUAUGAGUGAAACAUUGUUCCGCAGGUCCAUUCGUCAAAUUUCAAGAGCGAUAGGGUUAAGCGGACCAAAUGAGACCAAAUGAAUGAUCGUUACUUAAUACAUAUUAUUAUGAUAUAAACUUCUCCCGUUGAAAUGUAGAAUAAAUGUUCUGGUGGGUUGUGACGCAAAAAUUUUGGGCCAAAGCAGAAAUUCUCAUCAUUGUAAUAAUCUGAGCAGUGAAAUCCAAUAACAAUGAGACGCUGGCGGUUAGGCAAGCGAAAACUCCCGCAAAGCAAGAGUUUAGUGAACGUCAAUCAGGUUGAUGGCCAAACUUCGUGGGUUGAGUCGACACUGCGAACUGCCGCUUCGACCACAAAUGUAGCAUCUGACAUUACCUUGGAGGUAAACCUAUUUUCUGAUGACUUCACGCAUCCUUGUGGGACCAACGAUGUUUCAAGAUCAACUGACUUAGCACCUGACGACGGCACGCUAAGCGUCACAAAUGAAUCUUUUGAACAAUCUGACGAAGUUAAAGAUGAGAGGGCUUAUAUGUCUGAUAUGGGAGAACAAACUGUCAGCUCGUAUAAGCAAGUCUACCGCAGAGAUUACCCGUACAGGUCGAGAUCAUUACUUCCAAAGCCUGAUUCACAGUUGCUUUCUCAAUACUCUCAUGCAUGGCCGCAUGCUGCCUCUCGUUCCACUGUGAGUCAAUCCACAGAAAGGGUGGAUCUCAAAGAAACCCUUGAACAAAAUUCUUCAAACAACUCAGAUAAUUCCGGAGUCCCGAAACCGUCGGUGAGCCGCCGUGUGUCUGAAAUUAAUUCAAGGCCGAGCAACCCCACCAGUCGCAGCGGAUCCUCUUCGUCAUCAAACAGUCCCCGGUCCAGCACCUACAAAUUACCUUCCACCUCAGGACAUAAGAUCGACGUCACCAGCACUCGAGACGAUGUCCCCGGGCCAUCGUAUCUCAGCACCGAGGCUCCGUCGAUGUCUGGUCCAGUAACAAUCGAUUCGCGGGAGGAAGCUCACAAUGAAAGGAAUGACGAGUCUUCUAAUACUGAAGAACAUCAACAUGAUUUUCUGGCAAGAGAUUCCCUUGUUGCGGCACCCAGUAAUGAGAAUAAGAAAGAUGCGUUCUCGAAGAAGGCCACAAAGAAGAUGCUCCGUUUGUUCAUCGCGUUGCCGCACACUGAGAAAGCCUUAGAUUAUUACUCGUGUGCCCUGCAGUCAGACAUCUUGCUGCACGGAACGCUCUUCAUCUCGACACAUUACAUAGCCUUCUACUCGAAAAUUUUCUACCACGUCAGCAGAGUGUUGUUCCCAAUAUCUGAAGUGAAGCGAAUAUCGAAGGAGCGUACGGCCAAGUUCAUACCCAACGGCAUUGGAAUUUACUUGCACGACGGGCGCAGCUUCUUGUUUGGGUCGCUGCUGUCCCGCGAUGCCACCUACAACCUCCUCAUGCAGGUCGCCUCCCAGGGCGGGAGUCUGGCUGUCGGAGAGGCGGAGGCUCCAAUCGCGCAUAACAACAGUGACGAUGAAUCAGCGUCAGUGAGCGAUGAGCAAAGUGAGACGACAGAGCAGGAGGGUGCCAGCGCCCGCACGAGCAGUUCUACAUCUUCGCCACCCACUCUGCACGCCCACAAUCGCCGCUCUAUCAUCUCCCAGUCCUCCACAACCAGCACCGACCCUCCUAAAAAUACAAAAUUAAAAUCCGUUCCUGAGCAAGGAGAUGAGGUGGACGGCGUCCGCGUCGCAGUAGAGAACAAGUCGUCUAAAAUCAUCUUAUAUGGCGCACAAAAAGACGAAUCGUCUAGUGAGGAAAGCCGUUCAAAUUCCAAUCAACAAGAUAAAUCGAACGAGAAGAAAGGCAGAAGAUUUCCAAUCAACAAGCAAUCGCAUCAAGAGACGUCCAAGUUCAUGAAACUUCUGAUGAAAGUAAUCGGGUUCCUGGCUACGCCGCAGUCGACCGCGUUCAACGUAAUUCUUGUGGUGGUGUUGGCUCUGCUCUUCGCCUCGGCUGGCAUGCUUCUGUACCGCAUCGAACGCCUCUCACAGGAUCUCGUCUCGCCUUCCAUUAGAACAGGGAUGAAGAACGGAGAAUAUCUGGAACUUCAGCAGCGCCUUCAGUUCUCUACCGCCACUGGGCUGAAAAGAGCGCUUUCAGCGCAACUCCAGCACCUGACUAUGGUACGUCAGUCCUUACAUGAACUCGCUCGCCUCUUCAAACUCGAUCAAGCUGGAUGAAUCAAAGAUGGCUGCCCUCCUGCCGGGUGUCGACGAGACCAACUCUGCAUAUCAUUUAGAAGCACUCACCCCAUAUACUCAACUCAACGAUGCCCAAACUCACGGCGAGAUCAUUUUGAAGUGAUGUUGGAAAUAGUAUAGUGUUAUUAUCAAUAAUUUAAACUAUUUUUAAGGUAAUUUAUAGCAGGUUUUUGUGGAUAAUAUCUUGAUGCUUUUAAUUGCAAUACUUUACAUCGACAUUAUGUUAUGAGUAAAUGUUUUUACCACAAAUAGAGAAACGGGUCAAUUAUUUAUGGGAUGAAUUUACAGUGAAACUCAAAUGUUUAGAGAAAAAUACUUAAACUUUUGCUACCAGUGACGCAUACUCCUGUGAGUAAAACUUAUCUUAACCCUCAAGUGGAUGGAGGCUCCUCCAUAAUAUGGUUUAUUCGGUUAAUACAGUAGUAAAUAUUGAAGAUUCUGAACGUUUCAGCUGGUUCUGGCAAGUAUGGCAGACAUUUUCUCAACAAGCCACGAAAAUAUGUUGGGACAGAUAACAAAUUCGAAUAAAAAUAACUUGAUAGUUUGGGACAGAUCACAUAAUGUCGCAAUUGUGGGUCAUCCUAAAGGGAGAAAUGAAUUCUAUUCAUGCUCAAUUUUAAUCAAUAUUUUGUAAUGCAUGAAAUCGUUAAUACUAAAAACUGUGAGAAUAAAUCACGCCUUGUUGAAUAAGCAAGAGGACAUUCGAAAGUCAAUUCAAUAAGCUAGUUUUAAGAUGUCGCGGCAGGUUCGACUACUUCAAUUAUGACACAGCAGACAAACUGAUAAAGUAAGCAGCAUAAGUUCAAUAUUAUGAAAACUUAACUUGAUAGAAAUUCACCCAAAAAUGACGAUAUAAUUGAAAAAUAUUAUUGAAGAAUGGCUAAUUCAAGAAUGUAUCAGUAACAAUAAAAUGUGGUUUUCGUAUCCUCACUGACGUUAACGUAGAUGUCAUCUUUUCUAUCUCGAUUUUUGUCAGAAGAAACAUUAAGCUGUCCCGUAUAAUACACACAACUCUCGUGUGGCCUUCUUAAUGAAUGAAAUUACCAAACCCUCUCAUUUUCCAACAAUCAAGAAACUCCAAACCAAGCAUUCAAUAAAAUGGAGCUUCUGAAAACUACA